GGCCUGAACAGGGCCAGACCUGAUUCUUAGUCAUGGCGGCGGGGGACAAGAAGAAAGAGGAGGCCGCAGAAGGGCAGGGCUGCUACGUGCCCGCCAGGUACGUGUUCGCCGCGGUGCUGACUCUGGGCGCGUUCCUCAACCUCGUCCUGCGGGCGUCGCUGGCGGUCGCCAUAACGGCCAUGGCGCGCAGCAACGACAGCGGCGCGGCGGGCGAGGACGACCCGGACACCUGCCCCGCCGGCGGCGUCUCCCACGACAACCACACCUCGAGCGGCGCGCCGACGGGCGAGUUCGCCUGGGACGAGGUGACGCAGAGCUACGUGCUGACGGCGUCCGGCUACGGCAUGCUGGUCUCGUGCAUGGUGGGCGCGCGCGUCGCCGAGCUGUGGAGCCCCAAGCGGACCUUCGCCGUCUGCAUCUUCGCGUCGGCCGCCGUGUUCCUGCUGCUGCCCGUGACGGCGCGGUGGAGCGUCAACGCGCUCAUCGUGUCCCAGGUCGUCAGCGGCCUGUUCGGGGGUCCUGUGCAACCUAUACACAUGGCCAUGUGUUCAACAUGGUUUCCACCCCAAGAAAGACAACAGCUCGGAGGACUUACAUUGUCUGCUAUAAGCCUGGGCACCAUCGUCUCCAAUGCUGUGUCUGGCAAUCUGGUGGACUCCAUGGGGUGGCCGUUCGUGUUCUACUUGUUUUCAUCUUUGGUCAUACUGUGGACGGUGCUGUGGAUGUUCUUCGUGUUCGACUCCCCGAACGACCACCCCAGGAUCUCUGAAGAAGAGCGGCUCUACAUUACCGAGAGUACCAGACAGAACAAAUCAGAGACCAAGGCCAGAUUGCCGUGGAAGGAGAUACUGCUGUCAGUGCCAGUGUGGGCACACAUCGCGAUGGCCCUGCCCUCCAACUGGCUGAACCUGACACUCUCCAACGCCUUGCCCACCUACAUGAAGAAGGUCUUGCACUAUAGCACCACAAAGGCAGGCUAUUUUGCUGCUUUACCUCCAGUAUUUGCCUGGUUGAGUAUCAUAACAUUUGGAUUCAUUUCACAAUGGAUAAGAAGAAGGAAAUACGUCAGUCACUUUGUGGCAUACAACAUCUUCAAUGGAAUAUCCACGGUAGGCACGGCUGUCGUCCUGCUGUGCCUGCCCCUGGUCAGCUGCGACGCCCGGGCCACCAUCUGCCUGCUGAGCGCGGCGGUGGCGCUGUCGGGCGCCUACAUCGGCGGCAGCCAGCUCAACCACAUGGACCUGGCCGUCAACUACAGCGGCACGCUGUUCGGGCUGUCGACCGCGGUGUUCAGCGCCGUGUCGAUCCUCGCGCCCACCAUCACCGGCCUGCUCACCAACAACCAGCAAACCCUGACGGCGUGGAGCAAAGUGUUCUACGUGGCCGCAGGAGUGAACGUGGUCCCCUUCUUCAUCUACCUCUUCUUCGGCUCGGUGGAGGAGCAGCCCUGGAACCGGGCGCUGCAGCCACUUCCAGACGACGCGAGCGUGAGCAAGGCAUCCACGGUCGACAUAGAGGUGCACACGAAGAGGCCAGCUCCCAAACUGUCUCUCCGCAUGCCUAACUGACCAUUCUGCUCAGAGUUCGUCAAUUUGUACGUGCUUUUGGCGUGUGACAUCUUAGCUCUCGGUGUACGACUUUUGGUACGAGUGAUUUCGUGAAUGGAAAGUAAGUCGCGUGUAACGGAAAUUUAUAACCAGAGUGCUGCCAUCUGUGGUGGAUGGCGUGAACUAAAUUUCACAAAGAUAAAGUGCAACUUUAUAGUAUUAACGGUUCAGUGAAUUUUAACAAAUGGCCUGUAUUUCAAUAUAAUGCUUUGUUGAAAUUCAAGUCCAAAGCGGCGAAUUUAUUAUAUUUUAAAGUCUUUUUCGCUUUUAUCGGAGCAGUUUCAUUAUAUAGUUAAAAUUUCGCUCUGCAAAUGGAAUGAUUCGUUAGUCGACGUAGCUGCUCCGGCAGCGAAUUCUAUCCUAGUUUAGUAUUAAAAGUGUGUUUACAACAUGAGAGUACAUUAAUUUGUUUGUUACCAAGGUUAGAUGGUACAUAUCUCUGGCGAGUACUGAAAGUCUCGCUCACUUUUUUUUUAUGUGCAUACGUAAUUGAUUAUUGAAAGUAUGAAUCUGAACUCAAAUGUUUUGAAAGCUUAUGUUAUUCAGAGAUGUAAUGAUCUGUGCAAAUUAAAUAACUUUUUAACCAAAGUAGAAACAUUUAUUUAUAAUGAUUUCUUAAUUUUAAGACUGUUAUUUAAAGAAAACGUUUGAAUACCAGUUUAAGUCUCAUUAUACAAAGACAUGAAAUCGGACAUGGAUGGCGUAUGUGGAUACGAAAAUCCGGGAAAGAGUAUCUUUAAUGGCACGCAUGUGUACAUGGAAACGAUCUAUUCCGUUCGUUUAUGUUAUGCCGUGUGACCGGUAGAAGCCAAGUAUGAGGCCGCAGCGUUAGUCAUGUUUGUUUACGUAAUAAACACGUUAAAAAUGCUUUAAACUACAAGAAUAGUUGUAUACGAUAAGUGUUCUAUAUUUAUUAUACAUGUAUAUGUAAUUCUUGACCAUGUUAUGCUCUCUUCUCUAAAAAAAAAAAAAAAAAAAAAAAA